UUCUGUUGAAUAUGUGAGAAAUAAAAGAAAUUAUCUGAAAUCGUGCAAAGUCAAAAUCCGUGAAAAGUCACACGGUAAGGGAUUGGUGUAAGACGGAAAAAAAUCUCAGGGGGUUUUGGUAAUUAAUAAUAGGUGGAGGUGGUUUUUGUAAUUUAAUCUAAGUUUAGGAGGCUUUUAGUAAUUUACCCUUAUUAUUAGUGUUUGCUAUUCCUAGGAUGUAACUCUUCAAAAAAAAAACAUGUUGGCCUACAAAACUGUACGUAUGAAUAAUGAUUCUCUACUCCACUUCUUCUAUCUGCAUUUUUCAUACAUUUCAUCUUGCCAAAUUUCUCAGUCUAAAACAGCAGCAAUCAUUUCUUCACUCUGCAACAAAUUAAAGAAUGGCAGAAAUGGAUUCUUCCUCCUCACGUGACACUCUUCUCCAACUCUUUGAUGAGGUAAUUGAAUGGAAGAAGACGAGCCAAAACGACUGUUUCAACUGGACUCCGAACCACCUAUCAGCUGUUCGACGUUAUGUCUCAAAGACGAGAAUCACAGUCACCUCGGAUUUAACCUUGCUGCCCUCAGCAGAACUGCUCAAGACCUCGAAAGACCCGAAAAUGGUGGCCUACUUCACUCAAGAGCUUCGCACAUUCUUCACGGUGCCGAUGCUAGGCCAGCUAUUUCACGAAGACACCACCCUCAGGAAAAACGAGCUGAUUGCAGCUUUCAUCAACUUCCUCCUUCAACUGCUGUACCACAAAACAGAUUUUGUUCUGGCCUUUGAGGAUCGAAUUCGCCGUCUUGAGAAGGAGCUGAGGUUUCUCGUCGCCGUUCUUGGCGAUACGAUAUUACCGUGCGAUGAUCACGAACAUGUACGGAAUCUCUUGGCGGAAAUCGAAGCAGUGGCCGAUGAAGCUGGAACGCUACUGCAUUCGUUUUUCUUCUCCGUCGACCCAGUAUUCCAGUUGUUGGACGAAGCCCUCGACGUUUUUCUGAAAAAUACAGACUCAUUGAAAUUCAGUAUCACCGUGUUCUUGGUUCUGCAACCGGUCGAAGCCAUCAAAACUCCAAAGGCAGCCACUGUUGAUUCGAUCUUCAUCGCCGAUUCUCUUCUUUACGAUCUCGACCACCUGUUGAAAUAUCAGGACAAUAAUCAGAUCAUUGAUGUGAAGGGUCAAAUCGGAACACUGCAUCAAGAGCUAACACUUUCUCUGUCUCUCCUCAAGGAGUUGAAGGUUCCUCCGCACUUAGAGAUGGAAGAGUUGAAAGAAACCGAUGUACGAGUAAGAGACGUGGCGUACGAAGCCGAAUUCUUGAUCGGCUCUUUCUUGACCGGAGAUGCUCCUCUCUGGUAUUUCUCCAUCAGGCUCCCUCAUGUCAUCCACAAGAUUAAGCUUAUUGGGACCGAGCUCCAAGAAAUCAAAAACAACGGAGAAGCUAACUUAGCAGGAGUCACAAAGAAUUUCGGUGCACAGCUGUCGUUGGAAGCUAAGAGAAGCCCCGAUUUCGAUGAUGUGGCAGUGGGUUUCGAUGACAAUGCAGCAUAUAUUCUGGAACAACUCGUAGGAGGAAGUGAGCAGCUGCAGAUAACCUCCAUCUUCGGAAUGCCGGGACUAGGUAAGACUACAUUCGCAAUGAAACUAUUCGCUCAUCCUUUAGUUUACUGCAGGUUCGAUAAAUGCUCGUGGAGCGUGGUCUCCCAAACAUAUCACAGGCGAGGUCUGCUGACCGAUAUUCUGAUUGGCUUAUUGAUUGAGAUCGACCAAAAUAGGAUCUUGAAUAUGGACGAAGAGAGUUUGGUGGAACAGAUCUACAAAACUUUAAAAGGAAGAAGAUACUUAAUUGUUAUGGAUGAUAUAUGGGAUUCGAAUGCAUGGUACGAUGUGCGGAGAUGUUUUCCGGAUGAUGGGAAUGGAAGCCGAAUUUUGUUCACAACUCGGAAUAGAGACGUGGGCCCACCUGGCAGCGUAAUUCAUGAACUUCCCUUUUUGUCGGACGAGCAAUGUUGGGAGUUACUCGAGAAGACGGUAUUCGGUAAUAAGCCGUGCCCUUCGAAUUUGCAAGAGAUUGCUAAGGAAAUCGCUGCAAAUUGCUGUGGACUUCCUCUUGUGGUUGUUGUUAUAUCCGGUAUUCUUUCAACUAUGGAGAAGGAAGAGGAUGUGUGGAAGGAAGUAGGGAAAAAUGUAGCGUCGUACAUUUCUUUAGGCGGAAACAACUUUACCAUGCAAAUAUUGGAGUUCAGUUACGAGAAUCUUCCGGAACGUUUGAAGCCGUGCUUUCUUUAUCUCGGUGUGUUUCCGGAAGAUAAAGAAAUUUCGUUUCGGAAUUUGACGAGGCUUUGGAUUGCCGAAGGGUUUAUAGACAAGCGUGAUAAGAAGAACAGUGCAGAGGAUUUAGCAGAAGAGUAUUUAAUGGAACUAAUAGAUAGAAGCCUAGUCAUUGUUUCCGAAAGACGACCGUAUGGUGGAGUCAAAUAUUGCAUUGUUCAUGAUUUGCUGCGCGAAUUGUGCUUGAGAAAAGGCGAAGAAGAAAACUUCUUAAGAUUGGUGGUGGAAGAUGACUAUUCAAUAUACAAGAGAGGGCAGCACGUACUUUCGUUCGGAUCUUUGAUAGCUCCAUCUGGCCAACACGUUCGAUCCUUCCACGGGAAGGUUCCGGAGCCGCCGUUCUACGUUGUCAGCAUGACAUCACUCAGGGUUAUGGGUUUCAAGGGGUCCCUCAAUCCAUCUCGUGAUUUAUUUGGAAUCGAGUUUCUGUUUCAAUUGAGAUACUUGGUAAUCAACGAUUUGCCGCCAUCAAUAGGCAGCCUCGUGAACCUAGAAUAUCUACUCGUUCUGACACUUGGCACAAGAGUUAUCACCUCGGAAAUAAUGGGAAUGACAAAGUUGAGAUACGUCCACAUAACUCACCAUGCGAAAUACCACGAAGACUGCGGCAGUAACAGCUCCCGAACGAACAACAUACAAUCGCUUUCAAACAUUAUGCUUUACAAACCGAGGGAUAGAAAGAUGCUGAAGCGCUCGCCGCAUAUUCGUAAACUCAAGUGCGAAUGCAAACCAUGGCAUGGUAAAAACGGUGUUUAUCAAUAUCCGGACCUCCGUUUCCUCAGCCAGCUGGAGUCGCUCAGCAUGACCACGUAUUUCGGGCCCCGCAGGGCUGAGGUCAACUUUCCAGCGACCGUCAGAAAGCUGACGAUAUCCAGGUUGGGUUUGCCUUGGGAGAUGAUGUCAGCUAUCGGAAAAAUGCCGAAUCUCGAGAUUCUCAGGUUGAGGUGCGGUUCGUUUGUCGGAAAAAAAUGGGAGACGAAGGAAGGCGAGUUUCAGAAGCUGAGAUUCUUGGUGAUGUAUAAACUGGAGCUGGACGAGUGGAAUGUGGAGUCGAGCGAGCAUUUUCCGAAGCUGCAAAGAUUGGUUUUGUUCGAGUGCUAUAAUUUGGAAGAGGUUCCUAGUGAAAUCGGAGAUAUUGGAACGCUGCAGUUUAUCGAGAUACGAGGGUGGUGCCUCAAGACGCUUGUCGAGUCUGCUGUACGGAUUGAAGAAGAGCAACGUGACAUGGGGAAUGAAGAGCUUAGAGUGGUAUCUUCUUAAUUCUGGUUUUUUUCUUUUACUUUUUUUUCUAGUUUGUGUUAUUGGUUUGCACUUUGCAAAGUCCCUUUAGUUUGAAGCUCAACUACUUGUGCAUUGAUUUGUGAUCUGCAGUGGUAGUCAAUGGAUCAAGGAAACUUGGAUUUGAAUUUGAAAGUUGAAUCUUGAAAUUCGUUGACCAUUUUUAGUUUGAUUGAUUCAUUUGACUUGAUUAUGAU